AUGUCAUCACCAUUUCCAGGAGAUAUACCAAGUGGCGGUGCACGUCCAUCAAAUUCAUCGCCUCCACCAUCUUCCAUUGGCGGAGGAUUUGGAAGCAGUAGUGAAUUUGAUCAUGACAACUCUCAAAUCGGUUCAAGGUUACAAUUCCCAAGUUCGUCUCAACCACAACCUGCUCCGGGAAAUGCAUUUGUUACAGCCUCAUCUCAAUUUAGUUCACAGAAUCAAUUCAAUAAUAAUGGAGCAGAAACACCUGGAGAAGAAAAUUCUGAAGUGAGAGCUGAGCUAAGAGCUAGAACUCUUACUCAUGUUAAAAAAGUGGACGAUGUUACCGGUGAAAAGGUUCGUGAAGCCUUUGAACAAUUCCUAGAAGAAUUUUCAAUCAAGAAUGAAGAAACUGGCGAAGUUGAUAAAAUUUAUCGUGCUCAAGUGGAGUUUAUGAAAGUUUAUGAUUUGAACACUAUCUAUAUUGAUUAUCAACAUCUUUCAAUGAGAGAAAAUGGUGCCCUGGCUAUGGCAAUCUCAGAACAAUACUAUAGGUUCUUACCGUUCUUACAGAAAGGGUUGAAGAGAAUUAUAAAGAAAUAUGCACCAGACUUGCUAUUGACAAGUGAUACUAUAAACAAGAGACAAGACCUAGACACUCAAGAUGAGAAUGGAGAAAUGGAUACCAAUACAGAAGGUACUGUUGGAGCUUCUGGAAUGGCUACAAGAUCAACGACCACUAAUUCUCCUGAACAAUCUGAAAGAAUUUUCCAAAUUAGUUUUUUCAAUUUACCAACUGUGUUCAGAAUCCGUGAUAUUAGAUCAGAGAAGAUUGGUUCUCUUCUAAGUAUAUCAGGUACAGUCACAAGAACAUCAGAAGUCCGUCCUGAGUUAUACAAAGCUAGUUUCACCUGUGAUCUAUGUCGUGCCCAAGUGGAUAAUGUCGAACAAUCUUUCAAAUACACUGAACCUACGUUUUGUCCAAACCCAUCGUGUGAAAAUAGGGCAUUCUGGACAUUAAAUGUCACAAGAUCGAAAUUUUUAGAUUGGCAAAAGGUUAGAAUUCAAGAAAAUGCUAAUGAAAUUCCAAGUGGUUCCAUGCCACGUACUUUAGAUGUCAUAUUGAGAGGUGAUUGUGUAGAAAGAGCUAAACCAGGUGACAGGUGUAAAUUUACAGGGACCGAAAUUGUUGUUCCCGAUGUUACCCAAUUAGGGCUACCAGGUAUUAAACCAACCAGUUCCAUGGAUACUAGAGGUAUUGCAAGAAGUACUGAAGGUUUAAACAAUGGUGUUUCGGGACUAAGAGCUCUUGGUGUUCGUGAUUUGACAUACAAGAUCAGUUUCUUAGCUUGCCAUGUCAUUAGUAUUGGAUCCAAUACGGAUGCCAGUAGCAAUGGUAACACAGAAAAUGAACUUCAAUUAGCUGCCACAUUGCACGGUUCUAAUGUUUACCAAGAUUACGAGAAGGAUCAAGAAGUAUUUUUAAAUAGUUUGAAUUCAGAAGAGAUCAAUGAAUUGAAAGAAAUGGUCAAAGAUGAACAUAUCUAUGAUAAAUUGGUCAGAUCAAUUGCGCCAGCUGUAUUUGGUCAUGAAGCUGUAAAGAAGGGGAUCUUAUUACAGAUGUUAGGUGGUGUUCAUAAAAGCACAGUGGAAGGUAUCAAAUUAAGAGGUGAUAUUAAUAUCUGUAUAGUUGGUGAUCCUUCAACGUCAAAAUCCCAAUUCUUGAAAUAUGUUUGUGGGUUUGUUCCAAGAUCAGUUUAUACCUCAGGUAAAGCUUCGUCCGCUGCUGGGCUAACGGCUGCUGUGGUGAGAGACGAAGAAGGUGGUGAUUAUACUAUUGAAGCAGGUGCAUUGAUGCUUGCUGAUAAUGGUAUCUGUUGUAUUGAUGAAUUUGAUAAAAUGGAUAUUUCAGAUCAAGUUGCCAUUCAUGAAGCCAUGGAACAACAAACCAUUUCUAUUGCGAAGGCAGGUAUUCAUGCAACUCUAAAUGCCAGAACAUCAAUUCUUGCAGCUGCCAAUCCAAUCGGUGGGAGAUAUAAUAGAAAAUUAUCACUAAGGGGUAAUUUGAAUAUGACAGCCCCUAUCAUGUCCAGAUUUGAUUUAUUUUUUGUCAUCUUGGAUGAUUGUAAUGAGAAGAUUGAUACAGAAUUAGCAUCUCAUAUUGUUGAUUUACAUAUGAAGAGAGAUGCUGCUAUUCAUUCUCCUUUUACAGCUGAACAACUACGUCGUUACAUUAGAUAUGCUCGUACUUUUAAGCCAAUUCUAACUAAGGAGGCACGUCAGUAUUUAGUUGAGAAAUACAAAGAUUUGAGAAAGGAUGAUGCCCAAGGAUACAGUAAAUCCAGUUAUAGAAUUACUGUAAGACAGUUGGAAAGUAUGAUUAGAUUAUCUGAAGCCAUUGCUAGAGCAAACUGUGUUGAUGAAAUUACUCCUGCUUUCAUUGCUGAAGCUUAUGAUUUAUUGAGACAAAGUAUUAUUCGUGUUGAUGUUGAUGAUAUUGAUGUUGGUGAAGAUGAAGAAGAUGAAGACAACAAUAAUAACACUAAUAGUGCUGACCAUCAUCCAGAUGUAAAUAGAGAUGGUAACGACAAUUCUGAAGCAAACGAUGGAGAUGAUGACGACAAUUCCAAUAGUGGAGGUAAUACUACUGGACAUACGGCAGAGCCUGUAAAUAAAGUUAAGACUAAGGGUAAGACUACUGUUACAUAUGACAAAUAUGUUUCCAUUAUGAACAUUGUUGUUCAUAAGAUUGCUCAAGUUGAAAGAGAAGAAGGAAGCGAGUUAACUGCCGUGGAUAUUGUUGAUUGGUACUUGCUACAGAAGGAAGAUGAAUUAAACUCAGAAGAAGAAUAUUGGCAAGAAAGGAAACUUGCAUUUAAAGUAUUGAAAAGAUUAGUCAAGGAUAGAAUAUUAAUGGAAAUUCGUGGUACAAGACAUGAAUUAAGUGAAGAGAAUGAUGUUGAAGAGGAUGAAGAUGACGGAAAAAUUGUCUAUGUCAUCCAUCCAAAUUGUGAAAUGUUGGACGUUAUAGAACCAGAUAACUCUGUUGACAGUACCUCUGGAGGUGCAACUGUCUAA